GAGUUAGUAACCCUGGAUCGCUAAAAUUUAUUUAAUGCGAUGACAUGAGCGCUGUUCCCACAGAGCCGAGUGAAUCAUGUGUUUGUUGCGAGCGCGCUAAUUCUCUGAGUGGUUGGAAGAGAAAGUUUUGCGAAAUGAGAGAGUUGCCUUCAGUGAUGAUGUGGAAGAGGUCAAUUGUGCAAGCUAUUGGGUGCGCACGCGCCGCCAUAGCCACAGCGCCAAUUCUGCUGCUGUUCGCGUGUUUCUGCGGCGGCGUGCAGGGCGCAGACCUGGUGAUCGAGAUCCCGGGGUCGGGCGCGGGGGAGAACGCGGACGGCGGCCACUACCGGCUCGACUACUGGCCGCGCGACGGAUACCCCGCACCCAACUACACCGUGCCCGCGCGCGCCUUCACCAUCAACUUCCAGGGGCUGCCGGGCACCAAGUACCACUUCAUGCUCUACUAUUCCAACGCCACGUUCGCUGACCUGCUCACCUGGAACCAAACCAUCAUCACAGCCCCGGAGCCGCCGACGAACCUGACGGUGACGCUGGGCCGCAACAAGCAAGCCACCAUAUCCUGGUCGCCGCCGGCGCUCGGCGACUACACCGGGUUCCGGUUUAAGGUGAUCCCGCUGACGGAGCGCGCGGAGGGCGGCGCGCGCAACAUCACGGUGGAGGGCACCAGCAACUGGACCUACCCGCUGCGGGACCUGUCGCCCGGCGCCACCUACCAGCUGCACGCCUUCACGCUGCUGCACGACAAGGAGAGCGCCGCCUACGCCUCGCGCAACUUCACCACCAAGCCCAACACGCCGGGCAAGUUCAUCGUGUGGUUCCGCAACGAGACCACGCUGCUGGUGCUGUGGCAGCCGCCCUACCCGCCCGGCGCCUACACUCACUACAAGGUAUCGAUCGUUCCGCCGGACGCGCGCGACUCGGAGCUGUACGUGGAGAAGGAGGGCGAGCCGCCGGGGCCCGCGCAGGCCGCCUUCAAGGGCCUCGUGCCGGGCCGCGCCUACAACAUCUCCGUGCAGACCGUGUCCGAGCCCGAGAUCUCCGCGCCCACCACGGCGCAGUACCGCACCGUGCCGCUGCGGCCGCGCAACGUCACCGCGCCGGCGCGCGACCUGCGCGAGACCGCCUUCCGCGUCACGUGGCUGCCGCCGCUCGACGAGAGCGAGUUCGAGAAGUACCAGGUGUCGGUGAGCAGCGCGGGCGGCGGCGCGGGCGGCGCGGCGCGGCGGCUGGCGCCGGUGGUGCGCGCGCGCGACGAGGCGCCGGCGUGCUGGUUCGACGGGCUGGAGCCGGGCGCGCACUACACCGUCACCGUCAAGACCAUGUCCGGCAAGGUCACCUCCUGGCCCGCCGCCACGGACCUCACGCUCAAGCCGCUGCCGGUGCGCGCGCUGCAGUGGCGCCACGCGGCCGGCGCAGACAGCGGCGUGGCGCUGUGGUGGGCGCCCGCCGACGGCAGCACGCAGGACCAGUACAAGGUGUCGUACCAUGAGGUGGGCCCGUCGCGCGACGACAGCAACACGCUAAUGACGGCCACCACCAACGUCACGCUCGACACGCUGCUGCCCGGACGCAACUACACCAUCACGGUGUCGGCGGUGUCGCGCGGCGUGGAGUCGAACGAGAGCGCGACGUGGGCGGCGACGCGGCCGCUGGCGCCCGUGGUGCUCGCCGAGCCGCCCGCGCCCCCCGCGCCCGCCGACCCCGCGCCGCCCGCGCUGCACCUGGCCUGGCGCUCCGACGUCACCUCGCGCCAGGACGGCUACCAGCUGCGCUACCGCCGCCGCGGCGACGCCGAAUACCGCACGCUGGAGACGCAGGACACGAACGCGACGCUGUCCGACCUGUUCCCGGGCGCGGUGUACGAGGUGCAGGUGGCGGCGGUGAGCCACGGCCUGCUCAGCGAGCGCCACACGCUCUUCAAACCAGUCCGUCCGCUGCCGGCGCAGGCGCUGUCCGUGCAGCGCGCCUCGUCCAACAGCGCCGCGGCGCGCUGGCGCGGCCCCGACCCCGCGCGCAGCGCCGUGGGCGCCUUCCUGCUGCGCUACCGCACGCUCGCCGACGACGCCUGGACCGACCUCGACCCGCUGCCGCCGCACACCGACCACGCCGAGAUCGCGAACAUGACGCACGGCGAGCGCUACAUCAUCCAGCUCGACACCGGCAGCGAGGCCGCCGCCGGCGAGACCGUCGACAGCGGCUCGCCGCUCUCCACCGAACACACCGUCCGUCCGAACCCGGUAUCGAACGUGGCGCCGCUGGUGGACACGCGCAACAUGACGCUGGAGUGGCCGCGGCCGAAGGGGCGCGUGGAGUGGUACUCGCUGCGCUGGUCGGCGACGGAGGCGGAGAGCGGCGAGGGUGGUGCCCGCAACCUCACGGCGCCGGCGGGCGCGCGCACGGUGCGGGCGCUGCUGGACGCGCUGGAGCCGGGCCGCGGGUACUCCAUCGCCAUCGCCGCGCACUCCUACAACCUCACCAGCGACCUCUUCACCAUGGACAUCCGCACGCGGCCCCUCAUCCAGUCCGAGAUGACAAUCGUUAACGAAGCGGAGGACGACGACACGCUCCCCAGCAUUAUAGUGGUGUACACGCGCACGCCGGCCACUGCGUCGCUGUUCGACGAGUACCGCUUCCGGCUAGAGGGCGCGGGCGACGAGCCGCGCGAGGCCACCCGCAAGCCCUCCGACCUGCAGCGCGUCCGCUUCGUGGCCCUCACGCCCGGCCGCCUCUACAACCUCACCAUGUGGACAGUGUCGCGCAAUGUCACCUCGCACCCAGUGCAACGGCAGGUGCGACUCUACCCGCGGCCCAUCACGCGGCUGAACGCGACGCACGUGGGCGCGCGCGAGAUCACGCUCGCCUGGGACCGCCCCGCCGGCGACUACACCGAGUUCGAGGUGCAGUACCUCGCCGCGCCCGACCAGCUGCAGACGCACACCACCGACCGGCUCUCCAUCACGCUCUCCGAGCUGCGACCCAACAGGCGCUACACGUUCACCGUGGUGGUGCGGUCGGGCACGGUGGCCACGCUGCCGACGGUGUCGCGCGCCCACAGCGCCGACGUGAGCACGCGCGAGGCGCCCCCGCCGGCGCCGCGCGGGUUCCACCCGGCGGACGCGACGCCCUCGCGGCUGUCGUUCGUGUGGGAGCUGCCGGCGGGCGAGGCGAACGGGAACCUGACGCGGUUCGUGCUGGAGUACGCGGCGGCGUCGCAGCCCGAGCGGCGCAGCCGGCUGGAGUUCGGCGCGUCGGCGCGCGCGGGCGCGGUGGCGGGGCUGUCGCCGGGCGGCACGUACGAGUUCUGGCUGCGCGCCGAGACCGGCGCGGGCGCGGGCGAGGCGGCGCACUGGACGCAGCACAUGGACAUCGCCGCGCCGCCGCGCCCGCCGCCCGCCGCGCUGCCCUCGCCCGUGCGCCGCACCGCCACCACCGUCGUCGUCAGGUUUAAGUCUGACUACUUCUCUGCGGCCAACGGCAACGUGACUGCGUACACGCUGGUGCUGUGCGAGGAGCCGCGCAACGACACGCCCGCGCGCCUGCCCUCCUGGCGCGAUGUGCAUCGCCUGCCCGUGUGGCCGCCAUACCAGGUGACGGAGCCGUACUACCCGUUCCGCUCGUCGCCGGUGGAGGAGUUCACGAUCGGCUCGGAGCGGUGCGACGGCGGCGGGCGCGAGUACUGCAACGGGCCGCUGAAGCCGGGCACACGCUACUACGUCAAGCUGCGCGCCUUCACCGCCGCCGACAAGUUCACCGACACCGCCUACACGCUCGUCACCACAGAGGUGGACAACACGGCGUGGAUCAUCGGCGCGUGCGUGGGCGCGGGCGCGGCGCUGGCGGCGGCGGGCGCGGCGUGGGCGGUGCGGCGGCGGCGCGCCACGCGCUCGGCCGGCGCGCCCGCCGCGCUGCCCGCGCCCGCCGAGCGCCCCGUGCGCGUCGCCGACUUCGUGGACCACUACCGCCUCAUGUCCGCCGACUCCGACUUCAGAUUUAGUGAAGAAUUCGAAGAGUUAAAGCACGUGGGGCGCGAGCAGCCGUGCACGGCGGCCGACUUGCCCGUCAACCGGCCCAAGAACCGCUUCACCAACAUCCUGCCGUACGACCACUCGCGCUACAAGCUGCAGCCCGUCGACGACGAGGAGGGCUCCGACUACAUCAACGCCAACUACGUGCCCGGACACAACUCCCCGCGCGAGUUCAUCGUCACGCAGGGCCCGCUGCACUGCACGCGCGACGACUUCUGGCGCAUGUGCUGGGAGUCCGGCAGCCGCGCCAUCGUGAUGCUCACGCGCUGCGUGGAGAAGGGCCGCGAGAAGUGCGACCGGUACUGGCCGUACGACACGCGCCCCGUGUACUACGGCGACAUAUCGGUGACGGCGCUCAACGAGAGCCGCUACCCCGACUGGACCGUGACCGAGCUGAUGGUGUGUCGCGGCGCGGAGCAGCGCGUGCUGAAGCACUUCCACUUCACGACGUGGCCCGACUUCGGCGUGCCGGAGCCGCCCACCACGCUCACGCGGUUCGUGCGCGCCUUCCGCGAGCGCUGCCCGCCCGACGCGCGGCCCGUGGUGGUGCACUGCAGCGCCGGCGUGGGCCGCUCCGGCACCUUCAUCACGCUCGACACGGCGCUGCAGCAGCUGGCCGCCCACGCCGAGCACCUCGACAUCUUCGGCAUGGUGCACGCCAUGCGGCGCGAGCGCGUAUGGAUGGUGCAGACGGAGCAGCAGUACAUCUGCAUCCACCAGUGCCUCGUCGCCGUGCUCGAGGGCCAGGACCUGGCCGCGCCCCCGCCCAUGCACCACCAACACCACCUCAACCCCGCCUUCGAAGACGACGAGGGAAUCGCGGAAUCCGGCAUGUGAGGCGCAUGCAUGUCCGGUGAAUCCGACUAGUCCGGCGUUUCCGGCGACGACGCGACUUUCCGUCCAUUCCGUACCUGUAACAUGCCGUGUCGUCGGCUGCCAUCGAUCUGACGCUACAAGAGGUGGUCUCAUAGCUAAUUUAUACCUUAAGCGCUUUACACCUCCCAUUAUGUUCGCUGAUUGAGUGCUGUACGAACACCUCCGUUUUUAAUGUUAAAAAAUCAUAUCAUAUAUUCGAGGAUUACAUUAGUUUACAAAAUUCGUUGUUGUCGUACCGACUCAACAGCACGAUCCUUUCGACGUGUGGCGCACGAUGCUUGUAAGCUCGAUAUCGCGCCACCAGACUCUCCCGAGUGCUCGUGUGUUUCUGACGAAAUCUCGUCUCGCACGUCACUAAACCAGGGCUUCCUUUUUGUAGUGACACGCCACGAGUCACGGCCACACGUCCAAGCGCAAGCCGACGACACCGCAAAUAAUGAUACUUAAUUACGAUGUUUAAUGUUUUACCAAGCUCACCUUUGUACAUUUGUGUUAGUAUUUGAUUAACGUAUUUUUAUAAGAAUAUUAUAUUGUAAUGAAUAAACCCGGCCCGGCCGUCUAUUGUAUAUAGUGUACUGCGGACGGCGGCGCGGCGGCGACCGCUCCCCAACCCUCGCCGCUCGUUCUGUGCGCGACUGUAUUUAUAUAACGUAUUUUGAUAUUCAUGUUGUGGUAUUUUAAAUUUUACUCUGUUCUAAUGAUAAGUGUUGACCAAUUUUUGAAUCUCGAAAUUGUACUUAAUUUGUUAUAAGAUGACUUCUUAAUGUUCACUGCUCAAACUACGAAUUUAAUUAUUGUUGAAUUGACGUCAAGCUUAAUUGAUGAAAUAUACAUAAUGUAGUAUAAUAUAUUAAUGUAGCCUGUUGACCGGCAUGACACCCGCCGAGUGACAAGGAGGCUCACUAAGUUGAGCCACAUAAAAUAUGCUAAUUAGCAUGACUACGGCCUCAUAGUGCUGCACUGACGCGGCGACACACUUUCUCACCACCCGGACCACCGCCACGACACUGCCAUUACCUUGUAUAACAUAAAAAAGUGCGUACUGUCAUACUGUUUGCCAUUCAACUGUUUUAGCCUAAAUUUUAACAAUACAUUUUGGUACCGGCUUCGGAACGUGGCGGGAUCUACGAUGAAAGUCGACUUCGCAUUUUCAAGCACUUAUAAAAAUUGACUCUGCCAUAGCUAUGCUCUCGACAAUGUGCUAAUUCAUCACUCGUACCGUGUUCAGCGAACACACUAAAUCUUCCCGAUGCCCCGCGUACUCUAACGCUACCAUCGAGACCUUCGUCUCCAACUCUUGUGGAUCCGCGCCUCGGCCGGGCUGCGACACUAGCACUGAGGAGGGCGUCGGUACCACAUACAGCCAGGAACAGAAAAGGCGCGGCGAAAGUUAAAUUAAAAACAAAAACUCGAUCUAAACAUUGAACAACAAUUCUAUCGGUGAAUUUUAUUUUAAAAUUAAAUAUUUUUUUACUAUAUGAGAAAAAGACACAUGUGAUUAAGGUAGGGUUUAUUUUUUUAUUGAAUUUAGUUUACCUACCCCCGACCCGUUUAUUAACUGACCCAUGACUUCUUGCAUUGAGUCUACACAUGCUGAAAAAUAUUAUAGCCAUUAAACAGAACAAAUGUAAGACGAGCAAUAUGGUGACAGAGAUAAACUGGAAAUAUUAUUUUAUACCAUCAAUAUUAUGUUACCUGACCUUUUGAUUACGUUUAAGUUCGCACAAUAAACAACAGUCAACAUUCCUUUAAGAAUAACUACAUAAUCCAUUCGGAUAGAUCUCGCAUUAUGAAUGCAUCAAGCUCUAUUCAGUGUCAACUGUUUGCAACUAAUGCAGGACAAUUAUAAACAUAUUAUGUUCAUAACUAACAAAAUAUAUACAUUUUAUUUUUUUAA